CAGAUUGUACAAAAAAACCAGUUUGAUAGUUAGUACAGGACAUAGACAAUAUAUUGUAGGGUAUAGAGAAGAGAAUUUAGAGGUUUAAAAAGUGUCAGACGUCAAAUCUUUUCUUUCUGACCCAGCGCAAGAUGGGUAUCAGUCGUGAUCACUGGCAUAAGCGAAGGGCCACCGGUGGCAAACGUGCGCCCAUUCGCAAGAAGAGGAAAUAUGAGUUAGGUCGCCCGGCUGCCAACACCAAGCUCGGUUCCCAGCGCAUUCACUUAGUGCGUGCUCGCGGUGGUAACAUCAAGUAUCGUGCACUGCGUCUGGACACCGGAAAUUUCUCGUGGGGUUCCGAAUGUGCAACCCGUAAGACUCGCAUCAUCGAUGUUGUUUACAAUGCGUCCAACAACGAGUUGGUGCGUACCAAGACCCUUGUCAAGAAUGCUAUCGUGGUUGUGGACGCCACACCAUUCAGGCAGUGGUAUGAGUCUCACUACCUGCUGCCACUCGGCAGAAAGAAGGGCGCCAAGUUGACUGAGGCCGAAGAGGCCAUCAUCAACAAGAAGCGCAGCAAGAAGACUGCCAAGAAAUACCUGACAAGACAACGUCUAGCUAAGGUUGAAGCUGCUUUGGAGGAGCAGUUCCACACUGGACGUUUAUUAGCAUGUGUAUCAAGUCGGCCCGGUCAAUGUGGACGAUCUGAUGGUUAUGUGCUGGAGGGCAAGGAAUUGGAGUUCUACUUAAGAAAGAUCAAAUCCAAGAGGGCUAAGUAAGGGAUGUAAUGUAAUAAUAAAUGUAAAAAACAA